AUUUAUACGCCUUCCAUAAGAUCAGGUUGUAGACAGGCAGGCAGUCCCGAAUGAAAUGAUUGGAUGAGUUUAUUCAAUCCUGCGACGGCCUCAGGGUCGUGUCUAGAAGAUAACAGGCAAAUUUUGCAAUUCUGGCGAAAUGGCUCAGAUACAGGAUUUUUAUCAUUUUUUUUAUAUGGGAGCAUUUGAUUUAUUGAUUGCUGUCUGGAUGUAAUGAGAAUUUCAACAAUAUGACAACAUUUUUUUGUUUUUGAAAAGUCUUUGAAGAACAUUACCUACCCUAGCUUUAAUUAAUUAAUGCUCUAUCUAUCUAUCUAGCAAUCCAUCCAUCCAUUCAAUAGCUCCUGUUGCACUCCUUUUUUAAUUGUCUGCCAAAUAAUAAAUCCUCCAUAUUAAUACUUAUUUCUUUCUAUUGUGAGUCUUGAAAAUGCUUCAAGUAUAAACUACCGAUAGUAAACCUGCUGCAGAUGAAUGUCCCGUCUUUUUCCUGCACACUGUCCUGCUGCAGAUGUCUUUGUCUCUGCACGGUGUCCUCCUGCUGCAGAUGUCUUUGUCUCUGCACGGUGUCCUCCUGCUGCAGAUGUCUUUGUCUCUGCACGGUGUCCUCCUGCUGCAGAUGUCUUUGUCUCUGCACGGUGUCCUCCUGCUGCAGAUGUCUUUGUCUCUGCACGGUGUGUCCUCCUGCUGCACGCCUUCAGCUGUCUAAACGGGACUGGCCCUUUAACCGCGUGUCCGUGUCCGUACUGCUCAUGCUCAUGCUCAUGCUCGGGGCUUUGUGCAGGAGUUCCCCUCUUCACCAUCACAUCACAUCACCAACCAGCUGUGGAGCGGAGAGGAGAGCAGCGCCAGCAGACCGACCAGCUCCAGGAAGAGCUGCGGCUGUCUGUCGCAUCAGCCCGGCCAGAGGACACGUCUUUGUCUGGGAGAUCAUCCAGAUCCAGCAUCACCGGAGCUAUCACCGGGAUUACACACCGGUUUCACCGGUCUGGAGCAUCAUCCGGUCUCCGUGUUGACAUCGGAACCUGGACCACAGUGGAAGUUAUCUGGAGGACUCGUGGAGACGCGUUAAAACAGCUUUCUAUGUUUGCGUCACCGGAUGAAUCCGACUGGGAUUUACAGUGUUUUUAAAGGUUCCCAUCAAAGUUUUCAUGUUCCCCUGGCGUCACAGUGUAGGAUACUUCACUCCACAUGAUGACAACACAUCACCUUUCCUUGUGAGGUGACAGCACCUUCUCUGCCUCUCCGAAAAGACACUGCUGCUCGUCCAUCAUGGAUGAUGAUGUUGUUGGAGUUAAAGAGACGCCUCUGUGCACCUGGACGUCCAGACGCAGCGUGUUGGUAACGUACCUGGGAGUAGUUGUGAUGCUCCACCACCUCGUGCUGCACACCGACGCCUCGGCGGUGGCCAAGCCCUGCGAGAAGGACUGCUUCUCGGGGAAGUGCAUGAACGGGAGCUGCGUGUGUGAGCACGGAUGGGUCGGGGAUCAGUGCCAGCACUGCCAGGGACGGUUCAAGUUAACAGACCUGUCAGGCUCUCUCACAGACGGACCAGUAAACUAUAAGUACAAGACCAAAUGUACUUGGCUAAUAGAAGGAUACCCUAAUGCAGUACUCAGGCUGCGCUUCAAUCACUUCGCCACCGAGUGCAGCUGGGACCACAUGUACGUCUACGAUGGAGACUCCAUUUACGCCCCUUUGAUUGCCGUCUUCAGUGGUCUAGUAGUACCAGAGACCAGAGGCAACGAGACGGCCCCCGAGGUGGUGACGACGUCCGGCUACGCUCUGCUUCACUUCUUCAGCGAUGCUGCCUACAACCUGACCGGCUUCAGCAUCGCCUACUCGAUAAACUCUUGUCCCAACAACUGCUCGGGCCACGGCAGAUGCAGCACGGCGAACUCGGUCUCGGGUCGCGUGUACUGUGAGUGCGAGGAGUACUGGAAGGGAGAAGCCUGCGACAUCCCGUACUGCAGGGAUAACUGUGGCAGCCCGGGUCACGGCUACUGCGACCUGACCGGAGAGAAGCUCUGCGUCUGCAACGACAGCUGGCAAGGUCCAGACUGCUCGCUGUCCGUCCCGUCCACCGAGGCCUUCUGGGUGCUGCCCAGCGUCAAACCGUCAGCUCAGUCUCUGGGCCGGGCGUCCCAUCAGGCUCUGGUGCACUCUGGGCUGAUGUGGGUGGUGGGAGGAUACUCCUUCAACUACUCCAACUACCACAUGGUCCUCAACUACAACCUAGAGAGCAGUACGUGGGAUGUAGUUCCCGUCAGCAGCGGUCCUCUCUACAGAUACGGUCACUCAUUGGCUCUCUACCAGGAUGACCUCUACAUGUUCGGCGGGAAGCUGGAGGCGAAGUCGGUCAACGUGACGGACGAGAUGUGGGCGUUCAACAUCCCCAGGCGCACCUGGUCGCCGCGGAAACCGACCCCGCCUCCUCCCUACGCCCUGGAGGGGCACACGGCCCACGUGGUGGAGCUGGCCGACGGCGAGCCGGUGAUGCUGAUCUUCUUUGGCUACUCGCCGAUCUACAGCUACGUCAACAAAGUCCAGGAGUACAACAUCAGGUCCAACUCGUGGCAGGUGGUCUCUGCUGAAGGCGCCGUGGUCCAGGGAGGCUACGGCCACAGCAGCGUGUACGACGAGGCCAGCGGCUGCGUGUUUAUCCACGGGGGAUACAAGGCGCUUAGCAACAACAAAUACGGCCUGGUGGACCACAUGUACCGGUACCACGUCCACACGAAGACAUGGCUGAUCCUCGGGGAGAGCGGCGUGGCGCGGUACCUCCACUCCGCCGCGCUCCUGAGCGGCACGGUGCUGGUUUUCGGUGGGAACACUCACAACGACACGUCGCUGAGCAACGGAGCCAAGUGCUUCUCUGCUGACUUCCUUGCGUACGAUAUAGCUUGUGAUGAGUGGACCGUCCUCCCCAGACCAGCGCUGCCACGGGACGCCAACCGGUUUGGACAUUCUGCUGUGUUGUCUUCAGCUCCAUUGUACAUCUUUGGAGGUUUUUCGGGCCUCCUCCUGAACGAUGUGCUGGCCUACACCCCUCCGUCCUGCCAGGCCUUUUCUAACCCAGCUUUGUGUGCGGCCGCCGGGCCGGGCCUUCGCUGCCAUUGGGUCAAAAGUAGAUGUGUCCCCUGGGAGCCAAAAGCACCCGAGCACCUUUAUCCUGCUCCCUUUUGCCCUGUGCGACCUGACAGCACAGACGAGCGGUGCUUCCGGUUUUCGGACUGUGCGAGCUGCACCGCCAACACACGGGGCUGCCAGUGGUGUGAGGACAGGAAGUGUAUAUCUGCGUCCAGUAACUGCACCGUGUCGGUGAGAGACUCGUCGGGCUGUAAGCGGCGGGAGGAGCAGGAGUGUUUCAGACUGGCCAACUGCAGGAGCUGCUCCCUCAACGCCAACUGUCAGUGGGAGCUGCAGCAGCAGGAGUGUCAAGCACUUCCUGGUCAGCUGUGUGGGGAGGCCUGGCACCACGUCGGAGAGGCCUGCCUGAGGAUCAACUCCAGCAGCGAGAGCUACGAUAACGCCCAGCACUACUAAAACCUGGGAGGAAACAUCGCCUCACUGCUCACAGACAAACAAGUCAACUUUGUUCUGGAGGAGCUACAAAAAUACCAGCUGCAAGACAAGACGUUGUCUCCCUGGGUUGGCCUGAGGAAGAUCAAUGUGUCGUAUUGGGGCUGGGAGGACGCGUCGCCCUUCACCAACACCAGCCUGCGGUGGUUAACUGGAGAGCCCAGCGACUCGGGCUUCUGCGCCUACCUGGAGCGGGCGCCGGCGGCCGGCCUCAAAGCCAACCCCUGCACGGCCACCGCCGACGGCCUCAUCUGUGAAAAACCUGCCGGGAGUCCCCAGAGUCAGACUGCUCGUCCCUGCAGAACGCCGUGCUCUCUGCGGACCAGCUGUGCCAACUGCACCAGCCAGGCCAUGGAGUGCAUGUGGUGCGGCAGCACGCAGCGCUGCGUCGACUCGUCAGCGUACGUCAUCUCCUUCCCCUACGGGCAGUGUCUGGAGUGGCAGACCCAGGACUGUGCAGCCCAGAACUGUUCAGGUCUGAGGACGUGUUCAGAGUGUUUGGAGAGGACGGAGUGCGGUUGGUGCGGUGAUCCCAGUAACACCGGUAGGGGUGUUUGCAUGGAGGGGUCCUACCGAGGCCCCAUGAAGCCCGCUAUCGCCAGGGCCGGGACCCGAGACCUGGACCGGCUACGAGACAGGGACAUGGUACUGGAUCAGAGUCUCUGUUCGUCUGAUAGAGGCUACAACUGGGCCUUCAUCCAAUGUCCCGCGUGUCAGUGUAACGGCCACAGCAGGUGUGUGAACGGCAGCGUGUGCGAGCACUGUGGGAACCUGACAGCGGGGAUGCACUGCCAGAGCUGCAUGCCCGGUUACUAUGGCGACCCCACCAACGGUGGGAAGUGUAACGCAUGUAAGUGUAACAGCCACGCCAACGUGUGCCACGUCAACACGGGGAAGUGCUUCUGCACCACGAAGGGCAUCAAGGGAGACCAGUGUCAGCUAUGUGACUCAGAGAACCGUUACCUUGGUAACCCUCUCCGAGGAACAUGCUACUACAACCUGCUGAUCGAUUACCAGUUCACCUUCAGUCUGCUGCAGGAAGACGACCGCCACUACACCAGCAUCAACUUCAUGGCUACACCUGAACAGGCCAACAAGAACUUGGACAUGUCCAUCAAUGCCUCCAACAACUUCGACCUCAACAUCACGUGGUCCUUGAGCUCGACAGCUGGCACCAUCUCAGGGGAAGAGAUGCCCAUCAUAGCGAGGACCAACAUCAAGGAGCACCGCGACAGUUUCUCCUGUGAAAAGUUCAACUUCAGACUUCACCACAACAUCACAUUCUACGUCUACGUGUCCAACUUCAGCUGGCCAAUCAAGAUCCAGAUUGCUUUCUCUCAGCACAACAGCAUCAUGGACCUGGUGCAGUUCUUUGUCACCUUCUUCAGCUGUUUCCUGUCUCUGCUGCUGGUCGCUGCCGUGGUUUGGAAAGUCAAACAGACCUGUUGGGCGUCACGACGUAGAGAGCAGCUGAUGAGAGAGCGACAGCAGAUGGCCAGCCGUCCCUUUGCUUCGGUUACUGUAGCGCUGGAGGCGGGCGGUGACCACGAGGAGCUGCUACAGGCGGUGCCGAAGCCCAUCGCCAUGGAGCCGUGUUGGGGGAGCCGAGCAGGUGUCCUGACGGUGCUGCUGUAUCUGCCCAGAGUCCCGUCUGGAAUCCCUCCACCAGGACAGUCUGGUAUUGCUAUAGCGAGUGCUCUGGUGGACUCCUCACAACAGCGAGUGAUGGACUUCAAAGAAAGAGGCCUGGGACUGAAGCACCGCAAACACACCGUGCACCAUCAAGGGACCUGUGUAUGAACUGGAUUCCCUCAAUGAGGUAACAAGAUAGCUACUACCGUGCCCCCCCCAGGGGGUUUCACUGGAGAUAUUCUUAGAUUAAAGGGGACACAUUGUAAACAAAGCCUGCAAAAAUUGGUUUCUGAUAGUGUCUUGGAAGGAAAAGAAAUGGGCACCCAGAGUGGAGAAAGUGGCCCUCGUGGUCCCGUUCUUACCUGGUUUGGAUGGAAAUCUUCAUCGACAUGCUCUUCUUGUCCCGUCUAUAUUACGUUGGUCCUGAUGAGCCAGGAAAACAAGAAUUGGAAAACCUGCAGAUUGACAGAGAAAACGUGUUUCGGUCAGACAUUUACUCUGAGCGCUGGCAGGCUUUUCCACUUCCACGCCAUAUGUGGCUACGCACCUCCAGGGCUCUACUCGUCUGUCAUGCAGUCUGCCAUAUUGACAAGAGGGAAAAAAAAAAACCACUUGUUUUACACCGUUAAACCAAACUAAAUGGCUUCGAGCUGAAAUUAACUGAGCUGAAAUGACUGACUUACAAACCCACUCGGACUCAGGAGCAACGCUGGAAAGAACAACAACUAGAUCAAUGCAAAACGCUGUAGUGGGCGGUGAAUUUUAAAGACUACUACUGUUGACAUGUAAAAGAUCAUUGUUGAGAUUUUCUCCUUUAUGAAAUACAUGUUGUUUUUUUUCCCUGCACCUAUAUUUUGAUAUCUGCUCAGGUCCUCUGUGAUGGAAAAGGGUCCAUUCUGUGUAGCUUUGGGCCUUAUACACGUCUGUAUAUGCACUAUAAGUGAAAUGCUUUACCAGUACAUUAGGACCCUCUGUGGGAUAAUAUUAUGCAACUGAUCAUCCAAAUGCAAUGUUUAUUCUAGGCUGCAAUGUAACCUCGAGGUCGGUAUCAUCAAACACAUACUACUGAUGGUAUUCACAUGCCUAUUAAUUCAGUUACGACUGUGAAGAUACAUCUUUUUUCAUGCCUGUUUACUUGCGAUACAAACUUUUUAUGGAACAUAUCUCCUGUAAUAUUUAUUAAUUAUGCAAACUAUACGGUUCAUUUUACAAAAUGCACUAAGGAUUUUUUUUUGUAACAGAAAGACUAAACAAUAGAUUUGACAAAGUGAAUCUGUGCAGUAUUCCUUUUUUUUGCUUGUACCCUCAGUGUCUUUUCAUUUCCAAAUAUUCAACCCCGUCUCCUACAAAAUUACAUUCCCAUACAAUUAAACUGCAUUCUCAAUUACGUUUUUAGGGAAAUAUCUUUUCUCCUGGAUUACAGUUGCAGUUUGAAACACGUGGUUAACGUUGUAAAUUGAAUCAAAAUAAAAAAUGCAACAAAACUACCUUGUUAGGUUUAGGAAAAACGUCGUGGUUUGGCUUAAAAUGAUUACGUUUGUUACUUUAUUAAGCCAUACACGCCUUUUCGGUUAGUAAACAGGACAAUAGACAAUAUGUUUUGUGGUUUGGGAAUGGAAUUUUUAGGAGACAGGGUAUAUAUUUUAUGCAUCAUAGCAAGUUUUGUGUUUUUUCCCUUCACCAAUAGUGUUAAAACCUUCAGCAAACAUUGUAAAGUCACUUUUUAUCAACUUCACGUACACAGUAGAGUUACACAACUGUUCAAAAGUUUGGAAUCUGCUGCCACAAAAGCUUUUAGCUUGUCCUCUUUACUAAUAGAUGUUAUUUAGUUUACUACAUAGAGAACAAAACGCUCUCCAGUGGUUCAACCCCACUGACAACUGAAAGAGACAAACAGUUGAAUCAGAACAGAAGAGAACUCAGCAGUAAAUCAGACUUCACAAUAGAAACAGAAGGUUAAUCUAGGGUUAACACUACUGGAUGCACCGAUACUGCAUCGGAUAUCGGGCUGAUCCUGACUCAAUUAGCUGGAUUGGAUAUCGGUGACAAUGGGGCUGAUCUAUUAAAUUCAAUUUUAUGUUUAUAUACAUUAUAUCAUGGAAUUUUAAUUCUUGUUUAAGUUUUGACGAAUUUGUUGCUGCAUUAAAAAAUGUUUACACUUUAACUGUAAUUCCUGUUAAUUUUGAAGAUUUCUUACCAUGUUACUGAUGUACGAUCUAUUUUUUUUUUUUUUUUUAAAUAAAUAAAAAUUCUGUUAAUUUUUAAGAUUUUUUACGAAGUUACUGGAGUACAGUUUAUUAUUUUAAUAAUAAAUAAUUCACUAAAUUCAUAUCUAUGUAUUUAUUUGUCACAUUUUGUUUAAUUAAGUUAGAAAAGCAAUGUUUAUGUCAAGCCCGUAAAAGAAUGAUCCCAGUCAGUUCCACACAGUGAGGCAUACAGCUCAUUAAUUAAACUGGUAUCAGAUCAGUACUCAGUAUCGAUGGAUACCCAAAGACUAAACUAACACUCAAAAUCAACCGUUGAGAAGACGUUACUCCGAACACAAUACGUUACCCUGGUUACAGACUGACGCUGAAUUUCAGAGAUUCAAAUCGUGAAUUCCUGAGAAUAUCAUCCCAUAUCUCAGGCUCCGUACUUAUUUCAUUUUUACCAACAACAGCCUUAAUACGCCUCGUAUUGUGUGGACAUCGACUAAAUGAAAGUUUGCAUCAUUUCAGUCUUCUUCUAUUGGGGCCAAAAGUAUUUCAAAAUGUAAAUAAUAUAUAUUCUUAUCUGGAUUAUGCUGUUCUCAUCUCUGUUAAAAUAGUUAUUAAUGAAGGAAAGAAGAAGGUCGUCUAUAUAACAGCUGAUUCCAAACCUUUGAACAGUAUCGUGUGUCUUUAUAUAUCGAGCCUGAUUGUUUCUAUUCAGGCGUUUGUUUGUUUUCAUGUAAUUUUGCACCAGUUUGUUGUCGAGACUUCUAUUAACAAAGGGCAGCUCACCACACUGUUUUUGUCCAUAUGAGCAUAAAUCUGUACAUUUACAAUUAAAACAUUUUGAUGCCUUUUCAUAUGGUAACUGGA